CCGACAACCACCAACGCGCCGCAAACACCAACUCAGCAGCAACAGCAGCAGCUCGCUGGACGCGGUACAGUCUACUCGUUGGUGGAUGCGUGCGGUGCGCAGCUGCAACGCCAGACUGCCCCGCCGCAGCAAGCUCCGAUGAGCGGCGUGCCGUUUGGGGCCUUUGAUGGCGCUUCCAUUGUUCCAUAUGAGGUCUUCAUGCAGCAUCAGCAUCAGCAUCAGCAGCAGCAGCAACUCGCGGCUGCCGGCAAGCCCACCGCUGUCCACACGCAGGAUGGCUUAAAGUAUUACCUGUUUUCUUCUACAGGUGCACCCGUGAUGGCUUCCGCUGGCCCUGCAGCGGCAACACAGGCCAAUAUCAUGCAGAUGCAGCAGCACGGUGCCACUCUCUACACUCUCGAGUCGAAUGGCACCACCACGACGCUGACCUCCACGCCGCCUGCCGGUGGUCUCUUCCCAGGUGCAGCAGCAGCGAACGGCUCCGCGCCGUCUGGAGAGUACCCGUUCUACACCGCAGCGACCGGAUUCUUGAGCAGCGGCCCGCUCGGUAUGGCACCGGCAACUGUCGGUGGCGCCUCGGUAACCCCUUAUGCGAUACCGGGCCACAUGUCCAGUGCCUCCCCGCGCGCCCGCGGCGCUGUCAACGGCUCCCCCGCUGCGAUUUCAGGCAACCAGCACCACUCCAACAGCGGCACCAACAGCAGCGCGUCCACCCGCCGUGAGAACCAGGCCACGCUUCAUGAGAUGCUAACGACGAAGACGACGCUUGAGGUGUUUGACCCCGACUUUAAGUUAAUCUACAAUGUGCCCACGAACUGCGUGGUUCACUUGCCACCUGCGCGGCUGAACAUCACCCGCCUUGUGCUGUGCCGCAACUACCGCCCGCAUGAGCCGCAGAGCUGCGCGAUGGGAAGCAGCUGCAAGUUUGUGCACGCAGACUGCAACUACGCAAGGCUUGAGGCGCACCCGAUUCACGUGAACUACAUCUGGCGCCACGAGACUCUCUGCACGUACCCGCGCAUGCCGGCCGGCGAGAAGCUGGAGGUGGUGCAGCCGGACGGUCAUAGUAUUGCCAUUCCCUCCGAGAGGAUUCUCUUGACGGCUGGCGCGGCAGCACACGCAGAGGCGGGAAAGACGACGCUGACGUGCUGCGACAGCUACGAAAACAGUGGCAUGUGCAACUGCGGCGAGCGCUGCAGCUUCAUCCACGCUGUGCACGUGGACCCGAACGUGCAGGGCGACUUCAAGCGCGCACCUCGUAAGCGAGAUGGGCAGAGCAGCAACACCAACAACAAUACCAGCAGCAUUUCGCACAACGCGAUUCAGUGCAGCAGUAACAACGGCAACAGCGGCGCGAGCAACGGUGAAGCGAGCGGGCGGGUGCAACGGAGUGGUAGCUCCCCCACCCUGGAGCAGCUACCGCAGCGCCGCCAGACCAAUUCUCCCGACACGGUGAACAGCAACUCCAGCAAUGCGACGAAUGCAACCGUGCUGAACGGCGCGAAGCCCAACAAGGCGACGCCCACCCCAGUCGAGGGGAUCUUGAACACGUCCGCGUCUGCAAAGCUUCAGGAGGCCGUAGCGCAGCAGCUGCACGCAGCGGGGAGCACGAACUUGCACUCGGUGACUCCGUCCUUCUCCAUUUCCCUCACGCCCUUCGCCAUCAAGACGUUGACGAGCACUCAGUCUCUCGGGACGCUUUUGUAUCUGCCGCGCGGGGCCUCUGAGGCUACGGUGCUCGGGCCCGUUGGUGCCGGCGAGAUGUCGCAGUCGUCUCCUUGA